UGCUUGUCUAGCAUCCACACAGACUACGUAGAUCGUUCCGGUUUUUUCUUUGCAUGUCUUUUGUUACCGGUUAAUGUUACAUAAUGUGGUUCGAUUAACUUUAAAUUACGCGUGGUACAACAUCGGAUUUGUACGGGCAGGUUCGUUUCGUUUGGCAGAGUUCAACGGCCUUCUGCUUGUGUUUUCUUUCCUUUUCCGCUCGUUCUUUGUGCAUGACUAUUGUUUAGUGUAGAGUAAGAUAAAGGCAAGCAUGCGCUCGCAGUGACCUUGGAAUUUAAACUAUUUUUUACGUGGUUAACUUUGAUUAAUUUGCUAGCAAUCGACAACAAUAUUAGUUUUUAAGAUUAUCAACGCUAACGGACGCAUACGAUCAUGUCACGAUCGAGCGUCACGAUUGUGGUGAUCGUGAUUGCAUGUGGGUUGCUUCCAUGGAUGGUAUUGGCGGGGCGUAGUAAAGGUGGCGCUAUGAAAUUCACCUGUUCGAACGAUGAGUUUCAGUGCGAUAAUGGGGCAUGCAUUCCAAAGGCGGGACACUGUAACGGAAGCAAGGAUUGUACGGAUGGCAGUGAUGAGCAGGGUUGUGAUUUCUUCCUAUGUCGUAAGCCCAUGUGGUACAGGUGUAAGAACGACGAAACGUGUAUCAGUGCGUCGUUCCUGUGCGACAAACAUAAGGAUUGUCCGCUAGGAGAUGACGAAGAAAACUGUGAAAACUUUGAAGUACCACACGUGCCAGUACCCUGCAGUAAAUUCGAGUUCACCUGUACGGAUAAAAUGUGUAUUCCUUUGGAUUUAGUUUGCGACGGAGAGCAGCACUGUUUGGAUGGAUCGGAUGAGACGAUCGGGUGCAUGGACAUCGAAAGUAAGUGCAAGGGAUUUCUUUGCAAGAACAAACACUGCAUCAAGAAUCACGACUGGGUGUGCGACGGAAUCGACGACUGUGGAGAUGGAUCGGAUGAGAAGAACUGUUUUGCUGCUUGUAACCUCGAACACGGCAAGUACGAAUGCGCUGACAAUCGAACCUGUGUGGAUCUGGAGCAGGUCUGCGAUGGGAAGGAUGACUGCGGGGAUCGCAGUGAUGAAGGAGAACUGUGCAACUCGAAGGAGUGCGACACACUUAAAUGCCCAAAAAGUUGCAAGAAUACUCCCCAAGGAGCAGUUUGCCUGUGCAAGACGGGUUUCGUGUUCAACAAAAUCUCGAAAUCUUGUGAAGAUAUCAACGAAUGCGAGCGUUACGGGCUGUGCUCGCAAGGUUGCGUAAAUACUCCAGGCUCAUUUAAUUGCACUUGUGUCAACAAAUUCACUCUGCAGAAGGAUGGGCGUACGUGUGAACUUAGUGACGCUUCGGAAGCUCUUAUGCUAUACUCAACGCAGAAAUCAAUUGGUGCUCUGUACCUAACAUCCAAGCAUCAAUAUUACGUGGCAAAGGAUCUAUCGCAGGUGAUUGGGGUCAGCUACGAUGGAAAUCACGUCUACUGGACCGAUAUUUCCUUCAAAACGGAAUCGAUCGAACGCUCCCUGGAAGACGGUAGCAAACGGGAGUUGCUGCUCACUUCGGGGCUCUCUUCUCCUGAAGACCUGACACUGGAUUGGCUAACUGGAAACAUCUAUUUUAGUGACAGCGGCCACAUGAUGAUCGCAGUCUGCUCCAACAAUGGUUUCCACUGCAAGAUAUUGAUUAAAGAUAACCUCCACAAACCAAGGGGAAUUGCGUUACUUCCACAGAACGGAACCAUGUUCUAUUCGGAUUGGGGCGAUAAACCGAUGAUCGAAACCGCCAACAUGGACGGUACCAACAAGCGAGUGUUGGUCGAAAAAGAUAUCCACUGGCCCAAUGGUCUGAGUCUUGAUUGGCCAAACGGUCGGCUGUACUGGGUUGAUGCCAAACUGCGAAAGAUCGAGAGCGUACGCCUCGAUGGCAGUCACCGACAAACAGUUUUGAGCGAUGUGGUGAAGCACCCGUUUUCGAUUUCGCUCUUCAAUGAUCGCAUUUACUGGUCAGACUGGGACACCAAGAGCAUUCAAUCCUGUAACAAGUUUAACGGAAAAGAUCGCAAAACUUUAGUGCACGAUCGUCAAAUUUUCGAUGUUCAUGUGUACCACUCCAGUAUCAUGCCGAAAGGUGAUCAUCCAUGUAUUGGUAACCUGUGCUCGCAUCUCUGUCUGCUUGCUCCGAACAAUAACUACAGUUGCGCCUGUCCGUACGGCAUGGCCCUAAAACCAGACAAGCACUCUUGCCAGGAAGUCAUAAAACGUCAAUAUCUGCUCAUGGGAAUCGGCAACUAUUUAGUCCGCUUGGAUAUGCCAGCUUUCGGAAGACACGAAACCAGCAAGGGUGACGCGUUUCAAUUCUUCAUUUCUCGGAUGGUGUUCAACUCCAUCACGGGCGAGCUUUUCGUGGCUGACAAUAUUCAAAAGGUGAUUUUUACCGUUGAUAUAAAAGCGAAAACUUCGCGAAAGCUCAUCUCUACUGGAAUUGGAAACAUUACUGCCAUGGCCUUCGAUUUUCUCGGCAACAACCUGUAUUGGGCUGACAGUGAGCGAAGCACGGUGGAAGUUUUCUCGCUGCAAACUCAUCAUCGUUCGAUCCUGCAGCACUACCUCGGUACGGACACUCCGGUCGGUCUGGCAGUGAUUCCCGAACUCGGUAAAAUGUUUAUCGCACUACGGGCAGCGCUUCCGGUGCCGCAUACGCACAUCGACCGGCAGGACAUGAACGGUCGGGGUCCCCACACGCACAUCAUCGAGGAAAAGCUCAGCGGCAACGGUUCGUUUAAUUUCGUAGUGGACCGGGAUCUGCGCUCCGUCUACUGGAACGAUAUGGGUCUCAGCCGGAUCGAGUUCACCAGCUACGAAGGUGACACUCGGCAUUUGUUCCGCGAGUUUCUGCGCAUGCCGGUAUCGAUCGCAAUCGUCGAGGAUGGUCUCUUUUGGACGUGCUACAAAUCGCGGCGGCUGUAUUGGUCCGAUAAGCAUAACCUCGGGACGACAAAGAAGAUGAACAUAGAAAAACCACCGUUUGGAAAUUUGCCGGAUGAGAUCGUGCUACUGGCCAGUCAGCCAUUGCAGCGUUACGAUCAUCCCUGUCAGAAACAAAACGGAGGAUGCUCACACAUUUGCAUAGCUGCAGGCAUGUACAGCAGCUCGUGCGUUUGUCCUACGGGAAUGAUCUUUAGCUCGACGAAGAACACAACCUGCAUCGAUGCGAUCGAUUGCGAGUUCAAAUGCACCAGCGGUGAAUGCCUAACGAUCAGCAAACGAUGCAACGGGAAUGUGGAUUGUGCCGACGGAUCGGAUGAAAAGGGAUGCGAUGACCAAGCACGAUCAGCUAGCGUUGAGUGUCGAUUUGAUCAGUUCAUGUGUGCCGAUCGGAGCAAAUGUAUCGAUCAGAAGCUACGGUGCGAUAAACACUUCGACUGUCCGGAUCAGUCGGACGAGAAGAACUGCGAAAGCUACGACCCAGGUAAGGGUUGCCACGAGAACCAACAUGCCUGUCCGGAUGGGCUGUGUAUCGAUGUAAAUGCUCUGUGCGAUGGAUUUGAAGAUUGUUCGGACGGUUCGGACGAAAAAGAUUGCACAAAUUUGAACAAUGAAAAGCACAAUGCCACUACAUGCCCACCGAUGAUGUUUCGGUGCAACUCUGGUCAAUGUAUUCCCAAGUGGUGGGAGUGUGAUGGACAUCCGGAUUGUUCUGACGGUUCCGAUGAGCACGCCAAAUGUCUGAAGAAGGCUGAGUGUGCGAAGGGCUUCACCAAGUGUGCACUGGGACACUGCAUCGAAGAUCGGUUUGUUUGCGAUGGAAAUAAUGACUGCGGUGAUAAUUCGGAUGAACAGAACUGUACGGUCGAGGCUGAGCCAUGCGUGGGCUUGGAGGAAGAUAAUCCGACAAAGUUUUUAUGUCAUCGCUCGGGUAAGUGUCUGGAUAUUGCUGUGCGAUGCAAUGGUACUUCGGAAUGUCCACAUGGGGAGGAUGAGGCCGAUUGCAGCAACUGUGGGAUUCACGAAUUUCAAUGCAAGAGCGGAUCGUGCAUCAGAAAAGAGUGGCGAUGCGACAAGGAAAUCGAUUGUGAUGAUGGAAGUGACGAACUGGAUUGUGUGAAUGCCACGGCCGGAACGGAGAAACAGUUUUUCGUAGCUUGCGGAGAAGGGACAUUCGAGUGUAAACCAGGAGUUUGCAUCGAAAUGAGUAAAGUGUGCGACGGUAAAAAGGACUGCUCAAAUGGAAAAGAUGAAGGAAAAGGCUGUAAUGAUGCCUGCACGAAGAGCCCCUGUGAACAGAAGUGUAUCAAGACCCCGAGUGGGCCUGUUUGUGAUUGCCGAGUUGGGUUUACGCUGGCAGGAAACCGAAAAUCUUGCCUGGAUAUCAAUGAAUGUGUGGAAGGUAAACCAUGUGCGCAAAUUUGUACCAACACCCGAGGUUCCUUCCGCUGCUCGUGCAAUCCUGGGUUUAUGCUACGUUCGGAUAAGGUUUCCUGCAAAGCAGUUGGUCCCAAUCGAUUUGUUUUGUACACUUCGUACAACCAAAUUCGGAAGCUCGAAGUGACACCUCCCUCGAUUAGAGUUCUUCUGCAAACCAACCAAUCCAGUAUAACCGGUUUGGAUGUAGAUGUGCGCCGCCAGAAGCUUUACUACACCGACGAGUACAGCCCAGCUAUCAGCCAAUACGACCUGGCUGAAAACACCACCGAGACAAUUCGUAAUGUUGGCCAACCAGAUCACCUAGCUGUGGAUUGGAUCACUGGGAAUAUAUACUUCUUCGAUCACUCGGAACCCUCGAUCAAGUUGUGCUCCCCAAAGGGGAUAUCUUGUGCCCGUUUAAUAACUUUCUCCACCCAGGUGUUCAUAAAAGCUAUGGCUGUUGAUCCCAUCAACCAUGUUUUGUUCUUCGCUCAGAUGCACUUCUGGAUUUUCCAAGUGCCCCACUCUAUUAUCUAUCGAGCAAAUCUGGACGGCUCCCAUAUGGAAGUCAUCACCAAGGAUGUUUCCCACGUCACUUCCUUGCAGUGCGACAUUGAAAACCGGUUGCUCUACCUGACUGACAUGGGUACCAAAUCGAUCAAAGUAAUCGACUACGAGGGUAAGCAACUUCGAACCGUAGUAGAUAAACAACCGCUGGCGAUCAAUCGACCGAUCGGUUUCACGUUAUACGAAAAUACUGCCUUAGUUCUGAAUAUGGCUUCCUCGACUGUCGGUCAGUGCAAGCUCUACGGUGACUACGAAUGCAAACUGCUUGAGCUGAAUGUCCACAACUCCAACCAACUGCUGAUUGUUCAGAAAUCCCGUCAACCAAUGGUCGACAACGUUUGCGAUGCUGCUAAAAUCAACUGCAGUCUGAUUUGUGUUCCUACCGAAAACGGUGGCAAAUGUAUCUGCUAUAACGGUGAGCAUGUCCGUCCAGGAGAUCAGUGUCCUCAGAGCAUCGAAGCUAUUCAUGCAAAGGAACGAAUACCAACCGAGUCGCUAGUAGAUCCUACCGCGCAUCAAGCGUCUCACAGCAAUACAACAAGUGUCGUAGCAAACGUUUUUGUUUCUCUACUGGUAAUCGGUCUACUACUGGGAGCUGCCGUUUACUACUACAAGCGUCGCUUCAGUGAAAAAUUCGAAGUUGGUGUGCACUUCCACAACCCGGAGCUGAGUACAAUCGAUUCGGCCCAGGUAAAGAUGUUCCAGGGUGCCCCGAAGCUGAACGAAACCGCUACCCAUACGGAGUUGAUGAUAGAUACACCUCCCUUGCAUCAGACUGCCAUCGCCGGAUGCUCCACGGCAGCAUGUUCCGGUGCAGCGGUGCCGAGUUCGAGUGAAUCUAUCGUCACACCCCGGCAGCUGGAUGUCACCUGUACGGCGAUGGAGCUUGAAAAUAUGUCCGAUGCGGACUCGAUGAAGGAUGCCUACUGCUGUAUGUCUGAUGAUCCCAGACAGAGAUUGUUGAUGUGAUGGUUUAGUUUUUUGUUACUUUUGUUGGUAGAAAGUAUGAAUGCUUCUAGGUAUUUCGUAGUGUUUAGCUAUUUAAGUUUGUAGUUUGUAGAAAUGUUUUGUUAUUUGAUUGUACCAAAUAGAAUUGUUAACUGUAGAA